GGCCGCGUCGCGGAGACUUCUGGGAGUGCUCGCUCGCCCUCGGAGUGCGCAGGCGCAGCGCGCCGAGUGGACAUUUUGGUCUUUGUCCGCGGGUCAGUCCGGCCCCUGGGUCCACGUGGCGCGAAAGUAGGAGGGCUACUUCCUUGUGUACCUGGAAACUGCACCUGCCUCAUCAUUCAGAAGGCCUGGAGGCCCCAGGGCUCAGCCUGAGUUCUAGGAUGGUACUUUGGCCCCCAGCAUUAACAUUCUAGUGCUGUGUCAUUUCCCCAAAAGCAGGUUAUAAACUGACCAAACUGUAUGUGAUCCUCUGUUGAAUAAGAAGACACUCUGGAUGGUGGAGAACAAAGUGGAAAGGAAAUUUGUUCAGGUCCUACUUAUCAUUUAAACAUGUUCCUCUUUUGUUGAUCUCCCCUUCGACCAUCCUGUUUCACAUUUUCAUGGAAAUUCAAAAGUCCUGAAUUUUAUUUAUUUGACAGAGAGAGGGAACACAAGCAGGGGGAGUGGGAGAGGGAGAAGCCGGCUUCCCGCUGAGCAGGGAGCCCGAUGCGAGGCUUGAUCCCAGGACUCUGGGAUCGUGACCUGAGCCGAAGGCAGAUGCUUAACGACUGAGCCACCCAGAAGAAGCCUGAGAAGAUGAUGAGCAGCUAGAGAGGCAACAAGACUUGGGAAGGAAGUUGCAUCCAUCUCCAGUAAAGACUGAGGAAAAACAAAAAGCAGUGAAUAUAAGAAAAUUGGAAAAAUACUUCCUCUGAUCUCAGACAUUAUAUCUUUUAAGGGCAACAUCUUUUUCAACUUACCUAGAAAGAAUUUGAAACACAGUUUAGCUUAUAAUCAUGAGGGAAGUUGUGUAGGAAGGAAUCAUCAACUUCAUUUAGUUUGGAAAUCCUGCCACAGCUUAUUCUUUAUGGUAAUAACCCCCUUUAAGUGUAAGUCAGUGUGGAAAUGCCUUAGUUAAAAAAGUUUGAACGCUUUCUGAAAACAGAGCAUUCAUACUGGCGAGAAACCCUAUGAAUUUACUGAUGUGGGAAAACUUUCACUCACAUGUCACACCUCAUUAAAUGUAGAAGUCAGGCUGGAGAGAAACCCUGUUCUAAGGAAUACUGAGGAGCCUUUAGCUAGAUGACAGAUCUCAUUGAGCAGAAGAAAACUUUUACUGGAGAGAAACCAGUGAAUAUAACAAAACCUCAUUGAGCAUUAGAAAAUUUAUACUUGGAGACAAAGCUUGUAAUGUACUGUGUAUUAUAAAGUUUUCUCUUGAAUUUUAUCCCUUUACAUUUGAAAGGUCAUACACACAGAGAAGCCCUUCAAAUGUAAGAAAUGUGGAAAUACCUUCAGCCAAAAGUAAAUCCUCAUUCAUCAAAAAAUUCAUACUGCAGAGAAACCUUGUGAAUGUGGGAAAGCUUCCAUUCAGAUGUCACACCUCAGUCAGCAGAGAAUUUGUAGUGGGGAAAACCCCUUUGCUUGUAAGGUAUGUGGGAAAGUCUUCAGCCACAAAUCAAAUCUCACCGAGCAUGAGCAUUUUCAUAAUAGAGAGAAACCUUUUGAAUGUAAUGAAUGUGGAAAAGCCUUUAGCCAAAAGCAGUAUGUCAUUAAACAUCAGAACACCCAUACUGGAGAGAAGCUUUUUGAAUGUAAUGAAUGUGGAAAAUCCUUCAGCCAGAAGGAAAACCUCCUUACCCAUCAGAAAAUUCACACUGGAGAGAAACCUUUUGAGUGUAAGGAUUGUGGGAAAGCUUUCAUUCAGAAGUCAAACCUCAUCAGACACCAGAGAACUCACACGGGAGAGAAGCCUUUUGUAUGUAAGGAGUGUGGAAAAACCUUCAGUGGCAAGUCUAACCUUACUGAGCAUGAGAAAAUUCAUAUUGGAGAGAAACCCUUUAAAUGUAGUGAAUGUGGAACAGCUUUUGGCCAGAAGAAGUACCUCAUAAAACAUCAAAACAUUCACACUGGAGAGAAACCCUAUGAAUGUAAUGAAUGUGGAAAAGCCUUCUCUCAACGAACAUCGCUUAUUGUACAUGUGAGAAUUCAUUCAGGUGAUAAACCUUAUGAAUGCAAUGUAUGUGGAAAAGCCUUCUCUCAAAGUUCAUCUCUUACUGUGCAUGUGAGAAGCCAUACAGGUGAGAAACCCUAUGGUUGUAAUGAGUGUGGGAAAGCUUUCUCUCAGUUCUCAACCCUUGCUCUGCAUUUGAGAAUACACACAGGUAAGAAGCCUUAUCAAUGUAGUGAAUGUGGGAAAGCUUUUAGCCAGAAGUCACACCACAUUAGACAUCAGAAAAUUCAUACUCAUUAAAAACCAUGUAAAUAUCUUAAAAAUUGGAAAGCAUUGACUAAGAAUUUAAGCCUCGUAGCACAUCAGAAAUAAUCAUGCUCAAGGAAAGUAUCACAAAUGAGGAAAACAAAAGCGAAAAACGUCCUGGACACCAGGGAAUUUAUACUGAAGAGAAAGACAUUUGUAUGAUAAAAAUCCUGCACCCAACAAAAAAGCUGAUGGUGCAGGUAAUGCUGAAACUUUAGAUGCAUUUCCACUAAAAUUGGGAAUGGGAAACAUGCUUCUUAUUGCUGUCUGCAUAGAUCUGGAGAUUUUCACCAAUGUAAUAAAAAAAUAAGUUGUAAGUUUUGGAAAGGAAGAGACUUUUAUAUUGAUUUAGCAGAACAGAAGAGAUUCUGGAAACACCUAUGCAUUUAUUAGAAUUUAGACUAUGAUAGAAAUGGCAAUGGGAGGUGAGAAGAUAAUGAGACUAUGUAAACAAUGAUUUGGAGGUAAUCUGUUCUCCAAGGAAAAAAACAAACUAUGAACUAUAUAUACACCAAGGUAAGAUCCAAGAAGAUAAAAACAGGAAUAUGAAAAAGCUACAUACUGAAAUGGUUAUGACCUUGGGAGUAGGGAAACAUUCCUUAUAACAAGUUUAAGAAUACCUAGAAAUUCUGAGUUUGUAUGCUUAGGAAAUAUAUACCAGUCUAUUUACUGUGGCAUGAUUUGUAGUAGCCAUAAGUUGGAAACAACUUAAAUGCCCAUCGGGAACAAAAUGGAAAAUACUUAAUGAUGAAAGACUGUAUAUCUGUAAAAUUUAACAAGCAAGAUCUACAUGUAUUACAGAGAAAGAUCUCAAAAAUCAUGUUGAAGGGGGAAAAUGAAGUUGCAGAAUAACACAUAUAUUACAAUGACAUUUUUGUAAAUUUUAAAACUUUUCUCACAAAAUUCAGUACUAUGUAUUGGUAAUGGAUACAUAUAUGUAUGUAUGUUUUUAAAAUGUUUUUGAAAUGGAUUGGAAGAUACAGACCAAACUCUUGAUAGUGGUUGCUUGUGAAGAGUGGAGAAGGGAAAGGGGAUGAGUGUGGGAGGGAUGGGAUGGGGACUGUUUAAAGGGACUUCAAUUUUAUAUAUAAACAUCCAUUUCUCUUAAAAAAGACUGCAAGUAAAUAUAUCAAAAUACUGGAUAAUUCUGGAUUGUGGUAUAUGGAUAUCUUGUCUUAUUUUUUGUACUUUUCUGUAUUUUUAAAUUUUCUCAAAAUUAAUAAGAAUGGGGGUGAGGAUGGGAACACUGUACCUGUAGAAAUCAUGUUCUAAUGGAUUCAUUCCCAAUCAAGUACUAAACUUUUUAUAGAAAAUAUUUCUAAAAUUUUAUCAAUAAUGAGUGGAUGGACUUGCUCUCUAUGUAAUACGAAAUUAUCUAUUUUAUUAAAAUUAAAAAUGACAGCAUAAUCCAAA